AUGAAUAAUGUCACAUUUAUUAUAAAUGUUUUAACCGUCUUUGUCUGUAUUGUAGAUAUAGAUGAGUGUGCAGAGCUCACGACCUGUCCCAAUGCUAAGUUUGAGUGUAAGAACAAGCCUGGCUCUGUCAACUGCUUCUGUAGAUACCAGAAGUCCAAGGACACUGAUGGCUGUGGUGACUUUGCCAAUCCACCAGGGGGUAAUUUGUUCAACGUCUCUUUGGACUGGACAAAGAACAAAUCUGAUGGACUCAAACAGCUGGUGGACAUUCUGUCGAUGGGUUUCCAGAACAAAUUCUACAACGCAAGCAUGAAGGAUCCGGUGCAGGGCUCCAGUCCAGGUGCGACAGAGUAUCGUAUCAACAUGUCCAGUGACACACCCCACUGGUACAUCAGAGACUACCUGGCCAGAGUCAGCAGCCACUAUCACAUCAGUGGCGUAGAAGUUGAUGAUCUGGAUGAGUGUAAGGCCAAGGAGGCGGAAUGCGUCUAUCCUGCUCUCUGCGCCAACACGUACGGAGGCUACAGGUGUGUUUGCAAUGGCACGACUGACGUGGAUAAAACCCAGUCCUGUGUGUUAGACAGAGACCAGGGGAAAGAUACGGAACUAGACCUUGUUCUGGGCCUGGUUCUGGGCAUCGGCAUCCCUCUGCUUUUGCUGCUGCUCCUGGCUGCACUGGCCUGCUUCUGCUGCUGCAAGAAGACUGUGACUGGAGACCUCCCACACAUGUUUCCAGACUACUUCCAGGAGCAGUACAACCCUCCGCCCUUCAACUACUCCGACCCUGCCCUACACUACAUAACCCACUGCAGCCCACGGAUCCUGGACAACUUCACACCCAGGCAACGCUACAGAUAG